CUGAUCACCCAGGGUUUUCCCUCCCAACCCAGACCCAGACCCACCAACUAACCCCUGUCUCCUGGCCUCUGGCUCCACCUGCCCUGCUCUGUUCUUAAGGGACUGAGAAGUCUCCAGUCACUCCACUGCUAUAGCUGUGGAGACAAAUGCUGGCCUGCCCUUGACCACAGAGGCCGUGUGGGCCCCUCCUGGCCCACCAUGGCACGACGGCUGCAGGAUGAGCUGUCAGCCUUCUUCUUUGAGUAUGACACUCCCCGGAUGGUGCUGGUGCGAAACAAGAAGGUGGGAGUCAUUUUCCGUCUGAUCCAGUUGGUGGUUCUGGUCUACGUCAUUGGGUGGGUGUUUGUCUAUGAAAAGGGAUACCAGACUUCAGGUGGCCUCAUCAGCAGUGUAUCUGUGAAGCUCAAGGGCCUGGCUGUGACCCAGCUCCAGGGCCUGGGACCCCAGGUCUGGGAUGUGGCUGACUAUGUCUUCCCAGCCCAGGGUGACAGCUCCUUUGUAGUUAUGACCAAUUUCAUCAUGACCCCUCAGCAGGCUCAAGGCUAUUGUGCAGAGAACCCAGAAGGUGGCAUAUGCCGGGAGGACAAUGGGUGCACUCCGGGAAAAGCAGAAAGGAAGGCCCAAGGUAUUCGCACAGGCAAAUGCGUGCCCUUCAAUAGCACGGUGAAGACCUGUGAGAUCUUUGGCUGGUGUCCUGUGGAGGUGGAUGACAGGAUCCCAAGACCUGCUCUUCUCCGUGAGGCUGAGAACUUCACCCUCUUCAUCAAGAACAGCAUCAGCUUUCCACGCUUCAAGGUCAACAGGCGCAACCUGGUAGAGGAGGUGAAUAACACCUACAUGAAGAAAUGCCUCUACCACAAGACCCUGCAUCCACUGUGCCCAGUCUUCAGCCUUGGAUAUGUGGUGCAAGAGUCAGGCCAGGACUUCCGCAGCCUGGCUGUGAAUGGUGGGGUGGUUGGCAUCACCAUCGACUGGGAGUGUGACCUGGAUUGGCACGUGCGGCACUGCAAACCCAUCUACCAGUUCCAUGGUCUGUAUGGGGAGAAAAAUCUGUCUCCAGGCUUCAACUUCAGGUUUGCCAGACAUUUUGUGCAGAAUGGGACAAACCGUCGUCACCUCUUCAAGGUGUUUGGGAUUCGUUUUGACAUCCUCGUGAAUGGUAAGGCCGGGAAGUUUGACAUCAUCCCCACUAUGACUACCAUCGGCUCUGGGAUCGGCAUCUUUGGAGUGGCCACAGUUCUUUGUGACCUCUUAUUGCUCCACAUCCUGCCCAAGAGGCACUACUACAAGCAGAAGAAGUUCAAGUAUGCUGAGGACAUGGGGCCUGGGGAGGGUGAACGUGACCCCGCGGCCACCAGCUCCACUCUGGGCCUGCAGGAGAACAUGAGGACCUCCUGACCUCAGCCUUGGGUUCUCGAUUUGACUCAGUGUGUGGCUUCCAGCUAGGGCCAGUGGCUUUGAGCCAG